CAUAAAGGGGGUUAAAAUAAGGGAUAGAAAAAAAAAACUUAUACAAGAUGGCGUCUGACUGGAGGGAGCCCCUCUCUGCAUCCCCGGGCUGGUGAGAGAGGGGCGCAGGCAGCCUGGCUGGGGGGAUCCUCAAUACAUGGCGCUGGGAAAGCUGUCUUGGCUGUGGGGUUUGCACUGGGCUGGCUGCGUCCUGGUGGCGGCUGUAGGUGAGAGCGCCUGGUUGGACCUCAGCUGCCGUUCAGGCCCCACGCAUACUGUCCUCCUGCCAGGGCAAGAAGCAUUGUUACAAUGUGACCUGGAUAAUGAGAAGGGUCCUCCAAACAUCACAUGGUGGAAGGAUGAAAAGCAACUGGUCGCCAAGGAAACCCUGAGAAUUCUUCCAAAUGGGACACUGGUCAUAUCUCAGGGUGAUGGAGAUAACAUUGAGGGAAGUUACUUCUGCAUAAUCCAAACCUCCUUUGGGGUUGUGAUGGGCAGAACUGGAAAAGUCACACUGGCAAGGUUACCCCCCUUCCACCAGCAGCCUGAGGCUCAGAGUGUGGUUCAGAAUGGCCUGGCAUGGUUUGAGUGUGGAAUCAUUGGGUUACCUACCCCAAAGAUCACAUGGCAGAAAGAUAAAGUUCCAAUCCCUGCUGAUCCUAGAUUUGUCACCCUUUCUUCAGGUGUCCUUCAGAUCUCCGGUGUCCAGGAGGAGGACGCAGGCUUAUAUCGUUGUGUAGCAAGCAAUAUACUGAGUACCAGAUAUAGCAAUGAGGCACAACUGUUAUUAAAACAAGAUUUAGAAAAUUUGACUAAGGAGCUAACCAUCAGCAGAGCUCCGCGGAACCUGACAGUGGAAGCAGGUCAGAGUGCGGUUAUGGAGUGCACAUAUGAGGGAGAUGUGUCACCACUGGUCUCUUGGACUCGUCAGGAUGAGCAGCCAAUCUCUUCAGAUGUUGUCCUGCUGGGAAAGACCAAUCUCCUGAUUCAACAUGUCCAACCUCAUCAUGCUGGAGUUUAUGUUUGCCGAGCUAACAAACCACUUAGCCAACAUUUUGUCACCUCAACAGCUCACCUUCAUGUAUUGGUGCCCCCAGUUAUCAUUCAACCUCCAGAGACAAUCACAAGAGCCAGAGCUGGUACUGCUCGCUUUGUGUGCCGGGUAGAGGGAGAACCAGAACCCUCUAUUUCCUGGCUGAAGAACGGGCAUGUGUUGCACUCCAAUGGGCGAGUGAGAAUUCAGGUCCGAGGCAGCCUUGUCAUUACGCAGAUUGCCCUGGAGGAUGCUGGCUACUAUCAAUGUAUUGCAGAGAAUGUCUUGGGCAGCUCUUGUGCCACUGCAAAGCUGUAUGUGACGGUGCAAGAUGGCCUGCCUGGCCCACCACAAGCUGUAAGAGCGCAGGCUGUGUCCAGCAAGUCUGUGACUGUGACCUGGGCGCAGCCAGAGAACAACUGGGAACGAGUCAUAGGAUUCUCUCUGCACUACACCAAAACUGGAGGUUCUGACAACAUGGAGUACCAGUUUGCAGUCAACAAUGACACCACAGAGUUCAAUGUGAGAGAUCUGGAGCCAGGGACCAGUUACACCUUCUACCUGGUGGCAUAUUCCCAGCAGGGUGCCAGUCGUGCCUCACAUCCAGUCAUGGUGCAAACCUGGGAUGAUGUUCCAGGUGCUGCUCCAUCUCUGUCCCUUAGUAGUGAAACUCCAAAUGAUAUUCGCGUCAGUUGGAUUCCACUAGCUCCGGAGCUUACCAACGGACACAUCAUUAAAUACCGCAUUGAAUAUUGCACCCAGAAAAAUGAUACAAUUCACUCCUUAGAAGUUGCAGGAGACGAGACCCAGGUAACCUUGGUACCUCUGCAACCCAACAAGCUGUACAAAGUACGGAUCUCGGCCAGCACUACAGCGGGGUUUGGUGCCUGGUCAAAUUGGAUACAGCACCGCACACCUGAGCGAGGCAACCAGACUCAAGAUCAUCCCCCACUUGAGUUGAAGGUCAGCGCUCGGACAUAUUCGCUCUCUCUCAGCUGGCAGCUGCCUCCUAGUGAAAACCUAAUCUCAGGCUUCAGGCUGUAUUAUCGAAUGGUGUGUCCAGACCCAGAGCUAGGGGUUCCAUGCACAAAGCAAGGGGGCAACCUAGAUGUGGGACCCAUCAAACUGAAAAAGAAGCGAAGACAAUAUGAAAUAACUGAGCUGAUGCCUGCACAGAUGUAUCAAGUUAAGCUGGUGGCGUUUAACAAGAAACAGGAAGGACAGACAGCGGUAUGGAUGGGGAGAACCAAGCAGGUCCCUUUGUCAGCAUCAGAUCUGCCAACACAGAAGGUUCCUCGUCUCCCUCCCAGUCAUAUUGAGGUUGAACCCAACAGCUCGACAUCAAUGUGGGUGAGCUGGAAGAGGCCGAACUCUGGUGGCACCAAAAUUCUGAACUAUACAGUGCGUUGUGGCCCCUGGGGAGCAAAGAACUCCUCUCUGGUCACCUAUCACAGCAGUACCUCUGAAGGGGUUUUGAUCACUGGCUUGAAACCUUAUACCAAAUACGAGUUUGCAGUUCAGUCAAGUGGAUUUGGAGUUGACGGGCCAUUUAGUAACACAGUGGAGAAGAUGACACUUCAAGACAGGCCAUCCUCACCUCCUGCUGACUUGGUGGUGCACCCUGUAUCUCAGUUUUCAGUUCAGGUGCACUGGCGCCCACCUGUGGAAUCAAAUGGAAUAAUCGUGCAAUAUUUAAUCAUGUUCAGUACCAAUAGCAGCUACCCAGAUGAAAUGUGGACUGUUUUAAUCAAAGAAGGAAAUGUUUUUAGCACAGAUGUACCUGGUUUGCGGAGUGGGACCAAAUAUUUUUUCAAAAUGGGAGCGAAGACAAUGACAGGCUGGGGACCAUAUACCAAUUUAAUGGAAGUGGAAACUCUACCACCAAGAUCUCCAGGCGCAGAAGCAGAUGUCCUGGAUAUGAACUCUGUGACUGGGAUCAUUGUGGGUGUCUGUGUGUGCCUCCUGUGCCUUCUGCUCUGUAUGUGCGCCAGCUUCCAGCAGAGCAAACAAAGGGAUUCUGGAUCCGAUUUGGGGGCUAGAUCCAACAGGGGCCCUAUAUCUUAUCAAAGGGCAAGGCAGGGAUCCUGUUCUCAGAGCCACUGUCAAGACUCACAUGAGCUAGAGACCCUCAUGCCGCCUCGUCAAGAAGACACCUCUUCUGUGCCAGCACCAGAGGUAACUGACUUGAUAGAAGGGCACAGUCUGGUCACACACCCACAGCUGGAAGACAAGAACCAGGUGAAGAUGAAGCCAUCGUGGAAUGGAUCUGUCACCCAGAAUUGGGCUAAUCACAUCACCAGUUACGCAGAGACCAUCACAGGUGAAACAGCUACUGCAGCCAAUGGCUCAGCUAAUGCUUUACCUAUGGGAGGCCUAAGAAUGACCUUGCAUGACUUUUCUUAUGAAUCAGUAAAGCAGACAGAUGUAACAAGAAGUCACAGGAAUCCAAAUCAGAACCAAGUAGAAGCUGACGUCAUUGUACACUCUGACUUUUCAGCCUCAGAGAGGAGUGGGCGCUGCACUGGGCUAGAGUCAGAAGAGGAGGAGGAUUUAAGCCUGGACCCAGACAAGGACCCUAAUGACAGCCUUAUCCCAGUAUCUAGCCCACUCAAACAGGCUCUGGUAUCAGACAAUGAAUCUAAGGGCUGGCAUGAACAGCCUUUAAUAUCUAUCAAUACAGAGAGUAAUCUGGACACCAGGACCCCCCAAAAGCAGCCUCUUGUUAAUGGCUUCCAUAGGAAUGUAGACGCACAGGAGCUCCAGACAGCAAAUGGCAUUGAUUUUAAUGUAGAAGGGGAAGAUCCGUGUGCAGAGGAUUUAUCUCCUGCUUCAAUGACCCAGCAGGAUCUAAUGCAAACCAGUCCUGGGAAACUGUGCCCUGAAUCAUAAACUAGGGAAUCUCUAUCCUCCAGUUUUGGUUUUGUGGGAUCUGGUGUACCAUUUGGAGACUUUAAUUCCAGGGAAACAUCUCAUGAACCAAGUGUGGAUCUUGUGAAAACUUGACCAAAAAAAUAAACUUCUUAAUAUUUCCAGCCA